AUGAAGUUGGCAUGCUUGUAUUGUGGAAAUUCAUUUGCUGGUGGUGGGAUCAAUCACUUCAAACAACAUCUUACAGGAGUAAAAGGAGAAGUAGAACCAUGUCGCAAGGUGCCGGCGGAUAUUCGCCAUCAAAUGAUACAAAAUAUUCAAGCUAUUAGUGAGAAGAAGAAAAGAACAAAGGAAAUGGAUGAAGAUUACAAUCCCUUUAGUGCAAGGCAUAAGGAACAUGAGGAACAGUGCAUGAUAGAUGCCAUAGCUAGUAUGGGGCCUGGUUACAAAGCUUCAAAUUUUUAUUCUGUUCGUGGUUAUUUGUUAACCAAGAAUGUUGAUGACAUGAAAAAAGGGACCAUAUUUUUGAAAAGCGUGGAUGCUUCAGAUACCUCAAAGACAGCUGAUAUGUUGUACAAGUUGUUCAAAAAAAUUAUCAUGUCCGUUGGUUUUGAAAAUGUGGUUCAUGUAGUGACUGAUAAUGCUGCAAACUAUGUUGCUGCCCGUAAAAAGUUGGAGCAAGACUUUCCUACACUCUUUUGGUCACCUUGUGCUGCUCAUUGUCUUAAUCUCAUCAUGCAAGACAUUGGCAAGUUAGUUUCAGUGAAGAACACCGUAGCCCAUACUGCAGAACUUAUGGAUAAACAUCUUCGUAGUGUUUUUGGACUCUUAGAUGUCAUAGAGAGAUAUUCAUUUGGUAAUCCAACCUUGCAGGGGAACUUAACUAAUGAGAUGAUGUUAUUUAGAAAUGCAGAAAAUGACUUUGGACGCUCAUCGGCUAUAAAUGAUCGAAGUCACUUGGCUCCAG